CAGUUUGCAGUUUGAUUUUGCAGUGAAUCAAAUCAAUCAAGUAAACCAAGUAAAUCAACUACGAAAAAUUAAUAAUGGGUGAAGGUGAAGAAGUGAAGACUAAGAAUGAUCCACAAGUCGAUAUUCAGGAAAGAGGGGAGAUAUUUUUCUUCUACAGGCCCAAAGUGAACAGAGAAGAAGCUCAUAGUCCAGAUGAUGUACAAAGAAUGUACAUUGUGUUACGCCCUGAGUCUGGUGAAAGACUAGUACAGGAAAAACAAUCUCCUGAUUCUGGCAAAGAAGGUGCUAAGUCUGAGCAUACUUCUAGUGCAAACAAAGGUGAAGAUGAUGAUGAAGAUAAGCGUCUCAAGAAGCAUCCUGAAGGCGGCCAUGGAAACAAGGAAGUCAACAUCGAAAAACAGCCAUUGUUGCGUUUCAUUGUGAUGGGAAGGAAGAGUCUCCCUGAUCCUACUAAAAAAAGUAGACCAUUUUGGGGGUUUGUGGAGUUGGUCACUACUAAGAUAGAUGACAUUAAAGAUGCUAUUCGUGGAGAGGAAUAUGAUACCAAAACAAAAGGACAUAGACACAAACCUACAGCUAGGGCUUUAGGAGAAGGUGUGUACCGCUUACUAAGGCACAAGUACUCCAACAACAAGAUGCACACCCAUCUGGUGUACAAGCUAGAACUUCCACCUGAAGACAAGAAAAAUGAACCUCAAGAAGAGCUUAAUGUAGAGCGAGAGGCGUCUUUUAUCAUCCAAGUAAAGAAUCCAGAACAAGGUGGUAGCAGUAGGUCCGACUUUCAAGGUGUACAGAACAAACGCAAAGCCGUGUUUCCUGCGCACUUGCAAGGACAAUUUGGAGCUAAGCGGUAUGGCCCUGUCGAUCCUCCUGACCUACUAAACUACGAAGGAUGUGAAUUCCUCUUGAUAUCGGCAUCCGAUGACAUAGAAGAAGAACUAGGUUUGGAGAUUCGCCCUGAGAUCGAUGUUCCUGAUCCUAGGUGCUCAGAUUUGGUUAAGACCUUCGGUGCAGACGUCGCUCCAACUACCCCACUUUUUGAAGGGGCGUGGUGCUGACCGCUGGCCGCUGGGUAGUCUAAUCAAUACGUCAUCUGUCUCUUUGAGUUUGCACCUUAAAAUUUUUGAGUCUUAGAGUGCAAAUUCAAAGGAACAGAUCGAAGGAUUUGAUAAGUCGCUAGUUGAUCUUUUCUUGUUGCGUUGUAAACUUCAAUCCAUAUGUACUAGGUAUAAGGUGGUCUAUGACAUACGUAUCUUGUUUUAAUAUUAGUGCAAUAUAAUGUAUUUUGCUACAGUAGGUUCUAGUUGGAACGUUGCAAAAUGGUUUAUUUGUAUGUA